AUGGAAUCUGUGGAACCCAAAGAAGCAAAGACAGAUAUCACAGCCGCGGAGGAGGGUACGCUCGACGGACAGCCGCCCGUGGGCUUCGUUGGUGGUGGCGAGUCAUACCGGCCUCGAGAUGGAAAUUCGAAAUUCUGGGACAGGCUCACGAAAACGGCCAACAUCGAACUUAAAGGUGUCCAACCCGUGCCGAUCGAAGAGCGAACGAGCCGGAAGACUUUCGAGAUAUUCACGCUGUGGUUCACGUUGAACACCAACCUGCUGCCGUGCGUGUCCCUAGGAGAACUUCCAUCCGGACCUUAGGGUUUUUGAAAGAAAAAAAAGAUAUGUGCUAAUCCCAAGCCGAUAGAGUUGUUACGGGCAUGGUGGGGACGCUCAGCUAUGGCUUGAGUUUGCGGAACGCUUCGCUCGUCAUCCUGUUCUUCAGUAUGCUGUGUUGCGUCCCAACGAGCUAUCUGGCGACUCUGGGGCCCAAGACGGGGAUGCGGCAGAUGAUACAGGCGCGCUACAGCUUUGGGUCAGUCGUAGUUCGGAGGGAGAGCACAUCUUUCCGAGGAGGUUCACGGGUAUACUGACGUGUUUGCUGUGCUCAGUUACUACUUGGUUUCGAUACCGGUGCUGUUGAACCUCGCGACUCUGACGGGGUUCUGCGUGAUCGACAGCGUCGUGGGAGGCCUGACGCUCUCGUCGCUCGCGGACCACGGCCUGACGCCCACCGUGGGAAUCGUCAUCAUAGACAUCCUGUCGCUGCUGGUGUCCUUCUGCGGACUCAGGGUACUGCACUACUACGACCGCUACGCCUGGAUCCCCGCCGCCAUCGCCCUCGUCGUCGCGACCGGCUGCGGAGGCAAACAUCUCGCCCACCAGACCGUCGCACCCCCCGCGGAGCCCGCCACCGUCAUCUCCUUCGCCGCCCUCGUCGCCGGCUUCCUCAUCCCCUGGUCCGCUCUGGCGUCGGACUUCGCCACGUACCUCGAGCCCCGGACGCCGAGCUACAAAGUCUUCCUCUACACCUACGCCGGCCUCUUCCUGCCCAACGUGCCCCUGAUGAUUUUGGGCGCGGCGAUCGGCGGCGCCGUCUCCAACGUGCCCGCCUGGCAAGCCGGCUACGACGCGACGUCCGUGGGCGGCGUCUUCGCCGCGAUGCUCGCGCCCGCCGGCGGCUUUGGGAAAUUCCUCGUCGUCCUCCUCUCGCUUUCCGUCGUCGGCAACAACGCCGCGACCAUGUACAGCAUCACGCUGAAUUUCCAACUCCUCCUCCUCUCCCUCAUCCCGCGGCGGCUCGUCCGCCGCCUCCUCCUCCUCAUCCCCCGCGCCCUCUUCUCCCUCGUCAUCACCGCCAUCGUGAUCCCCGUCUCCAUCCGCGCGGCGACGAGCUUCUUCGCCAAUCUCGAAAACUUCAUCGGCGUCAUCGGAUACUGGGCCGCGGCGUUCGUGGCCGUCGUGGGCACGGAGCAUGUCGUCUUCCGCCGGGCUGAAACCGCGAGCUACGCGCCCGACACGUGGGACCGGCCCGGGGCGUUGCCGAGGGGUGUGGCUGCGAUUGCCGCUGCGGCGCUGUCGUUUGGCCUCGUCGUGCCUUGCAUGGCACAGGUGUGGUAUACGGGGCCCAUCGCGGUGCGGACGGGUGAUGUGGGGUUUGAGAUGGGGUUUGCGGUCACGGUGGUGCUUUAUCUCCCGUUGCGGGCGGUGGAGCGACGGAUACAGGGCGGGAAGUGA